GGGAGGGCGCUGACAACUGCGUGUUGUGUUUAUUUCUCUUCCCUGACAACAGGAUCUACGUGCCAAAUAUUUAAAAACGUUAAGACGUUGGCCUGCCGAGUCAGUCUGUCCUGGAUCAGAAGCGCUCGGCAGCAGGCUUAUUUUGAAGAACAAUGGUGAAAAUUAUCUUUAAUCUUAUUGCUGUAUUGAUACACCACGGAGCUGGCGGUCAUCCUAAACCCGACAUGGUACCUAAUAAUGUUAUAGCCAUCCAUGGCCAGUCUGUCGUGCUGGAAUGCAGUGUCGAGGCACCACUGGAGCAUUGCUUCAUCAACUGGCAACGGAAGGAGACUGGUCAGAUUGUCCACAGCUACUAUUAUGACCAAGUUCAGAAUGAAAGGCAGGAUUCACGAUAUGCAGGCAGGACGACACUAUUCCCUGAGGAGUUUAAAAAUGGGAAUGCUUCCCUGAAACUCGACAGAGUGGAUUCACUGGAUUCUGGAUUAUAUCAGUGUCACACUUCAUGCAACUCCAGGCAUGAAAGUCUUCUGAAUGUCACUGUAGCAGCAUAUUACGAUGAGCCAGUUUUGUCAAUCAGGCAGAAGUUUUCCAGCUGCCUUCUAAUGUUCGAGUCGCAUGGUCUUCCAAUUGCUGACGUUUCUUGGUACAACGGAGAUAGUCUGAAUCGUUCCCUUUCAGCUGAAUACGUGUACCGGACAUCUGAUGAUGGUCUAUACACAGUCCAAAGCUCAACGGAAGUUGAUAUCAGAGGAAAAACGAACUAUACAUUUGUGCUCAGAAAUGCUGCUCUCAAUCAAACCAUUUUGAGGACACUAAGUUGUACUUCAGAAAAUCCCACAAGACCCCAUGAAUUUACCAGAAAUUAUGUUUUCUUCAUAAGCUGCAUUCUUUUGCUGGGGCUUCUAUUUGUUUUAUUAUUUAGUUACACCUGUACUAAAUUAGAUAAAAUAGAGAAAGAUCAUAUUGAAUUAAGUGGUCUUGCUCCUGUAUGAUGGUGGCAUGUUCUCAUUGACGAUACGUAUGUUCUGAGUGAACUUAAAUCUGGUGAAGUGUCUGAAUGGUUGGGAUGUCGAUGAGUGAGCCGACAACAAGCCGGAGCUGGUCUGAGUGACGUGGAUGUAAUGGAAUCAUGGAAAUCAUCUGUAUUCUGACUGAGUGACUGUGAUUCUGUGGUUGUAUGGUUUCACAUGGCAUUGGGGUUUGGAGCUCGAGCUGAUUGCCCCACGAGCAGUCUCAGGAUGACUCAAGACUUAGGACAAACAGAUCUGUCGACGAUCACGUUAAUGGCUCCAUGUAUAACGGAGCUGUAAGAUCUACUCUGAAAACAAAACAAAGAGUUACAUGUGCAAUGGGAUUGAGGAAACCACCAACCUUAUUAAGUGCUCCCCAUAUACAGUAAUGGGAUUGAGAGAUCCACCUGGAAUUAGACUGGCAAGCCCUCCAGCAUGAGAUUGAGGUGUCUGUUUACAAAAUCGUGCAGUGGGCUUGGUAAAUCUGCCCAUUAUCGUGAGUUGCAUGCACAAUGGAGACAUUCAUACUGAGAGAUCUGGUCUUACUAGGAUUCAGGAAAUAGGAACAAUCGUGCAGGCGGGUCCCUCCGUUGUUUUACGAUCAUGGGUUAAGGGUGAAAGGUGAAAAGUUUAAGGGGAACGUGAGGGGAAACUUCUUUGCUCAGAGGGUCGAGAGACUGUAGAACGAGCUGCCAGCAUAAGUGGUCAGCAGAUACGGGCUCAAUUUCAACAUUUAAGAGACGUUUGGAUAGGUACAUGGAUGGUAGGGGUAUGGAGGGCUAUGGUCCCAGUGCAGGUCAUUGGGACUAGGCAGUUUAAAUAGUUUGUCAAGGACUAGAUGAGACGAAGUCUUUUUCUGAGCUGUUCUUUUCUAUGACUCUAAAUAUUCCAUGUGUAAUGGGAUCGAAAGGUCUGCCGGGACACAAUGACUUCCCACUCUUAUUGGGGUGUCCACCGAUUUUUUUAUUAUCUCCCACUGUACCAUUGUCACAAAACAACAAAGUUCAUGAAACACAUAUAAAAAUUGCUGGUGAACGCAGCAGGCCAGGCAGCAUCUCUAGGAAGAGGUACAGUCGACAUUUCGGGCCGAGACCCUUCGUCAGGACUAACUGAAGGAAGAGUUAGUAAGAGAUUUGAAAGUGGGAGGGGGAGGAGGAGAUCUGAAAUGAUAGGAGAAGACAGGAGGGGGAGGGAUGGAGCCAAGAGCUGGACAGGUGAUUGGCAAAAGGGAUAUGA